ACACUUGUAUACAAUCAUCUGUGUGUAAUAAACAGUAAUAAACUGUAUUCGUAUUAAUUUUUAUUAUUGUUUCGCAAUAAUAAAUUGUUAAUAUUCGUAUUAAUCAUACACCAUUACCGCUACAAUUAGGAAAAAAAAAACACGAAUAAAAAUCACUACUGCGCCUUCGUCGGAUUAUUUGAUUGGUGCUAUUUGUAAUUUGUUUUCUUCUCAUCGCAAGCUAAUGCAAUUAUGAUUGACGAUGAUCACGAUACGUAGAAUGCUGAGCACUAGCAACUAUAGUUAUUGCCUAGUUGCUUGCUAGGUGCUAGGGUUAACUGCACCAACGAAACAGCACAGUGAAACGCAGUGUUUGUUUUAUUUCUCUCUAAGAGUUUCUUUGCACUAAAGCUGUCGACAACACGUCACAAUAAUGGGAAGGCAUUCAGAGUGGAGGAGAAUUGCAAAGCGUCAAAGAAGACGUAAAAUAAGAGUACAACAAGCACAAUUAAGAGACUCAAUUCUGGAGGAUUCUGAUUUACAAGCACAGCAACAAAUAUUAGAUAACCUAAUAGAAGAACAAAUAAUAUUAUCAAAUAAGAUUGAGAACGAGAAAUGGUUACAAGCAGAAAAAAAUUACAUGGAUAAUUGGGAAAAACUUCAGCAAUAUAAAGAAAGAUUGUUGCAGGAAAAAAUGGAACAAAAAAUCAAAUUAACACUUGAAUGGGAAGCAGAAAAAGAGAGACGGAAAAUAGAAGAAGAAAAAUUAAAACAAAUUAAAGAAGAAAAUAUGAAGAAACAUCAAGAAUUUCUGGAGAAUUUACAAAAGUUUAUGGCGGGUGAUUCGUGUGAACCUCCUAAAGAGUUGAAUUAUGUGUGUGAUACGCGACCGGGCGCCGAGAUGUGCACAUUUUUUUCUAAAACUGCGACAUGUCGGUUUGGGGACCAGUGUUCAAGAAAUCAUCAAUAUCCAAGUAUAAGCAACGUUUUGUUGGCCAAAAAUUUUUACGCUCAUUUCGGUCUCGACAAUAUGUUUGAAAAUAAUGAAUAUGACGCUGAUAUUAUGUUAGAAUAUGAUGAAAAUGAAACUUACAAGGAAUUUGAAGAAUUCUUCUGUGAUGUUUUGACAGAAUUCGAAAAAUUUGGAAAAAUAGUGCAAUUUAAGGUUUGUAAAAAUUACGAAAAACAUCUUCGUGGUAAUACGUACAUAGAAUAUGCAGAUUUACGAUGUGCGGUGGCUGCAUAUAGGUUUCUGAAUUCACGAUGGUACGGCGGUAGGCAACUCUCCUUACAGUUCUGCAAUAUUCGUUCAUGGAGAAAUGCUAUAUGCGGUCUUCAGGCGAAACAGCGAUGUCAUAAAGGGCGCUCAUGUAACUUCUUACACAUAUUCAGAAAUCCCAAUAACUUAUUUUCUUUACAAAAAUUACCUGAAGAAAACUAUAUUCCUAGACGACGAACUCCUCCCCGUUCAUGGAGGUGGUCAGAAUCCCCAGAAACUGAAAUACCGAAAGACACCAAAUCUUCAAGAGAAUCAAACGAUGAAGAAAAAAAGAAUAGAGAAAGGCGUCGAAGUCAUAAAAGAAAACUCAGAAAAGACUAAA